AUGAAGAUAUCUCAAUAUAACACGAUUACUCUACUUCUAAUUACAUUCAACCCAGUUUUUUCCGAACCAACAUUAAAAAAAUUAUUCCAAAAAUUAGGCGGAACCGGUUGCGGCACAAAUUGCGGAGGAUCCAGCGGAGGCUACGGCGGAGCUUACUACAACCAACCGGUUAUACAACCAGUAGUGGAAACCCGGCCGAUUUACAUCGAACGUCCUGUAUACGUCCAGCCCAAGCCCACCCCUAAAACCAUUUUAAUAAUAGAAGAGAAACCAAUUAAGGUCCAACCCCGACCAGUUUAUGUACAACCAGUUCACCCUCACCCGGUGCACCCCCAACCGGUGUACCAUCAACCAGUGCACCCCCAACCGGUGUACCAUCAACCAGUGCACCCCCAACCGGUGUACCAUCAACCAGUGCACCCUCAACCAGUACAACCACGACCGGUUAUCCACCAGCAACCCACGCAGUGUUGUCAAGGAAAUAAUGGAGGUUAUGGUGGAGGCGGUGGUGGAGGAGGAGGUGGCGGUGGAGGAGGAGGAGGCGGUUAUGGUGGUGGAUUUGGUUUCGGAGGUGGAGGAGGAUUCGGGACUGGUGGAAAAAAAUAA